CGAUGUCGGCCCAGAGCGGUGCGGCCCCGGCCCCGGCCCGGCCGUGGUGGGGAUGGGGACGCGGAGGGGGACGGCGAUGGCGGCGGACGGCGGGGCGGUGCGGCGGCGCGGCGGUCCGUGGCGCUCGGCGGCGGCUACAGAGCUGCCCGCCUGGCGGCUGCGCUGCGAGGGCGGCCGGCAGCGCUGGCGCUACCUGGGCGACGGCGAUGGCGAUGGCGACGACGGCGAGGCGGGCGGCGAGCGGCGGGCGCAGACGGCGCUGGAGGAGCACAGCCUCGGCCUGGACACGGGCGAGGCGCUGCGGCCCUCGCCGGCGGCGGGCACAUCCCGGGAGGCUGCCCAGAAGGGCAUGCGGUUCUACGCCGCCCUGCAAGCCGAGGACGGGCACUGGGCGGGCGACUACGGCGGGCCCCUCUUCCUCCUGCCAGGUCUCCUCAUCACGUGCCACACCACCAAGAUCCAGCUGCCAGAGGGGUUUCGGAAAGAGAUGGUGCGCUAUCUGCGUUCUGUGCAGCUCCCGGAUGGAGGAUGGGGCUUGCAUGUGGAAGACAAAUCGACAGUGUUUGGCACAGCACUCAACUACGUAGCUCUGAGGAUCCUGGGGCUCGGACCAGAUGACCCUGACGUUGUGCGGGCCCGUGUCAACCUGCACAGCAAAGGAGGUGCUGUGGGAAUCCCUUCGUGGGGGAAGUUUUGGCUGUCUGUCUUGAACGUUUACAGCUGGGAGGGAAUGAACACGCUUCUCCCAGAGAUGUGGCUGCUUCCUACGUGGUUCCCAGCCCACCCGUCCCGGCUCUGGUGUCACUGCCGCCAGGUUUACCUCCCCAUGAGCUACUGUUACGCCAGGCGUCUGUCAGCAGAAGAGGACGAGCUCAUACGGAGCUUGCGGCAGGAGCUGUACGUGCAAGACUACGCCAGCAUAGACUGGCCAGCUCAGAGGAACAAUGUGGCUGCCUGUGAUGUGUACACCCCGCACAGCUGGCUGCUGGGGGUUGCCUAUGCCAUCAUGAAUGUGUAUGAAGCCCACCACAGCACUCACCUGCGACAGCGAGCCAUCACAGAGCUGUACGACCACAUCAAAGCUGAUGACAGAUUCACCAAGUGCAUCAGCAUUGGGCCGAUUUCCAAGACGAUCAACAUGCUGGUCCGCUGGUUCGUGGAUGGGAAGAACUCUCCAGCUUUUCAGGAUCAUGUUUCCAGGAUCCCCGACUAUCUCUGGCUGGGCCUUGACGGCAUGAAGAUGCAGGGCACAAAUGGAUCCCAGCUCUGGGACACUGCCUUUGCCAUCCAAGCCUUCCUGGAGGCAGAAGCCCAGAAGAUGCCUGAAUUUACGUCCUGCCUCCAAAAUGCCUAUGAGUUCCUCCGGUUCACCCAGAUCCCAGAGAACCCACCUGACUACCAGAAAUAUUAUCGCCAUAUGAAUAAGGGUGGCUUCCCCUUCAGCACCCGAGACUGUGGUUGGAUCGUGGCAGACUGCACAGCAGAGGGGCUGAAGUCAGUUAUGCUGCUGCAGGAGAAGUGCCCCUUCAUAGCCAAGCUUGUCCCCCCUGAGCGCCUCUUUGAUGCCGUGAAUGUGUUGCUGAGCAUGAGGAACUCGGAUGGAGGCUUUGCCACAUACGAAACCAAACGAGGAGGCCACUUGCUGGAGCUGCUGAACCCCUCAGAGGUGUUUGGUGACAUCAUGAUCGACUACACCUAUGUGGAGUGCACAUCGGCUGUCAUGCAGGCACUGAGACACUUCCAUGACAAGUUCCCUGAGCACAGAGCCCCAGAGAUCAGGGAGACUCUGCAGAAGGGCCUGGACUUCUGUCGUAAGAAGCAGCGAGCUGAUGGGUCAUGGGAAGGGAGCUGGGGGGUUUGUUUCACUUACGGCACCUGGUUUGGUCUGGAGGCAUUCGCCAGUAUGCAGCACACGUACCGCAAUGGGGCUGCACGCCAAGAGGUGGCCCAGGCCUGCCAGUUCCUCCUCUCCAAGCAGAUGGCAGAUGGCGGGUGGGGAGAGGACUUUGAAUCGUGCGAGCAGCGCACGUAUGUGCAGAGCGCCACAUCGCAGAUCCACAACACGUGUUGGGCCCUGUUGGGGCUCAUGGCUGUCAGGUACCCUGACAUCGACGUGCUGGAAAGGGGCAUCAAAGUGUUGAUUGAUAAGCAGCUGCCCAACGGGGACUGGCCUCAGUUCCUUGAUCUCCAAUGCUCCAAGCAACGUGGUGUUCCUAGGAGAGCUGCAAAGAAGAAGCUGUUUUAUCACUAAAAUCCCAUUUUCAUUAUAAACAUUUUGGUUGGUAAGGAGCCAAAGAUUUGUGACGUUAGAUACCAUUUAGUUGCAUUUAUGCCCUGUACGGAUGCUUUUGUUUCCAUCUUUGCACAAGAUCAGGAGCAGGGAGUGACGGUUACUAAGCUUUCUUCUGGCUGAAACUGAGCUGAUUCAAGUGUCAUCCAGUCAUGUGUUUUGAGAGGACGUGGCUGUUUGGAUUUCCACCUAGGUUGUGGCUUGAGAACACAUUUCCCUUUAACCAAAACCAAGGUUGCCUUGCAAAUUUUAUAACCAUAAACUGCUGAAUGUAAUUUAUUUUCUGUCCUCCCUUGGGAUUCCAGGAAUUCUUCAGUUUCAGAGCAGAAAAAUGUUCCCUCUGCUUUGCAGUGGGAGGAUCAUGGUGAGGAGCAUUAUAUGACAUAAAGCAGAGGUACUAGACAGCAAAUAGGUCCUCUCUAAAGGUAAAACAAACCUCUUAGCUUGGGGUUUCAGGCUGAACUUUGUAUUUGUCUUGUUUCUGAGUGAGAGGCAGAAAGGGGGCUCAUAGAAUCAGAGAGUAUCUCAAGUUGGAAGGGACCCAUAGGGAUCAUCGAGUCCAACUCCCUGCUCCUCAGAGGACUACCUAAAACUAAACUGUAUGAGUAAGCACGUUGUCCAGACACCCCUUGAUCUCAGACAGCUCUUUCAGCACCCUGGGAUGAAUCCCAUUGGGUCCCAGAGCCUUAUGUGCAUCCAGCUGGAGCAGCAGACGCGUUCAGAGUCAGCUGGGUUUAUCAUCCCCCCCAGUCAUGACUCUGGGGGUCCCAGGGCCCAACAGGGGUGUGAAAGACAGAGGCGAAGAAAGCAUUAAAUGUCUCCGCUUUGUCUAUGUCCCUGUUUGUGAGGUGACUGGCCUCAUCAAGGAAGGGACCAAUGUUACAAUGCUGGGGAUAAGGGCAGUCAUUUGGGAUCCAUCCAUCAUGUCAAACCCUACUCCCCAGCAGCUCUAUCUGGCCAGGCUGAUCUGCUUUCCUUGGAUCUCAAAAGACAUAGAAGUGCCUAAUUCUUAUGGGGUUCACAAAUCAUCUGGAUCCUGAAACACCUAGGCUUUGGACCCAGAUUCUGCUCUACACUUGUAGGAUUUAACAGCACUUUCUUACACCGUGAUUUUAUCAAGACAGACAAGAGAGAUAAAGACCAAAAAAGUUACUAUGACAAUCCAGACGUUUGAUACUCAGGUAGUACUUCUCUCAUACUGGUACUUAAAUAGUACUCUUUUCAUGCUGUCAUCAUUUUUUUUUGGCAUGUGGAGUUAGUUUGCAGUUUUCUUUCUUCACACGGCUGCUCUAGUUGUUCUUGAACCAAUUUCCAAAAUAGGGCUCAUCAGUUUAAAAAAGAGACUGGUUUUCAGUCAGGAAUUAGAAAGCUGGACUUGUUGCUUCUUCAGGUCAGCGGCAGUCAGCUUUUCCAGCAACGUGAGCAGAUCUUUGCCACAAACAGAACCAACAUGUCUUGCUUUAAAAAUAAUUUGGUUUCUCUGUUGAGUACAAGAUUGUAAUUAUGAUUCCUAAAGAGAGUGUGAAAGCUGUUUCCUAUGCAUGAGAUAAAGGCCGUUUUAAUGGAUUUUAGGUCUUGAUGGUGUCAGUUAAUGUUUUAAAGCUGUCCUAGACACUCCUGUGGUUUGAAGCCUCUUGGCUGUGUCUGACAAGCAGGUCCCUGGUUGGGUUAGGGCAGUGACAUGCCUUUUGUUGAAAUGACAGUCUUGGGGCAGGUGUUAUUUUAUAUACCAACUGUGAGGUACUCCAAGGUGUCAUGACUCAAAGGCCAGGCUACGCACAAGCUGGGAAACUUGGGUUCUCCAAUCUUCCAUUCAAAUUCAGCAUGCCAAAACUGGAAUGUUUUAAAGUUGCUGAGGUUUUCUGAAUAUUAACUAUCCUUCCUCCUUCCCUCCCACCUCAAGAAACCAGAAACUCCCACCUCAGAAUGACUGUGUGAUGAUCAUUUCUUAACCUAAUUUCUACAUAGGAGUAGCCAAGGUAAACAAUAGCACUCAAGAAAGAGCAGAUGGCUGCUAGCCCCAGCAGUUCAGCCUUUCUACCCUCAGGGACCAUUGCUUUUUAGGGCAAAAAACCCCCAAAACU